GCCGCGUGGAUCAUGGAGGGGGAGAACGGGGGGACACCGGGAGCAGGAGCGGUCCCCGAGGGGCCCAGCGGGGCCGCCUCGGCUCCGGCCGCGGCUCGGCGGCGGCGGCGGAAAGGCGGCAAGACACCGCAGGAGGCGGUGGUAGCCAUCCCGCGGGGCAAGCCCAAGUCGGGACGCGUGUGGAAGGAUCCCGGGAAGAAGAGGUUCUCCCACAUGAUCCAGGACAAGGCUCUGCGCAGCUCCUGGGCACGGAAAAUGAAGGAGAGGCAGGAGAGGAAGCUGGUCCGGGAUCUGGCACGGCAGCUGGAGGAAGCCAAGCAGAGGGAGAAAGAGGAAAAGAAGCGGCGGCGGGAGGAAAACCUGAAGCGGCGCCUGGAAAACGAGCGGAAAGCCGAGAUUGUCCAAGUGAUCCGGAACCCCCUGAAGCUCAGGAGGGCCAAGAAGAAGCAGCUGAGGCGGGUGGAGAAGCGGGACACGCUGGCCCUGCUCCAGAAGACGCCCAUGAGGCGCAGCACGGAAUGAGGCAGGAUUUGGGAUGCUGCCACGAGGAUCCUGCUCCUUCCCAGCGGUUUUUCCUCGGCUUGCCAGGCAGGAAUCGCUGCCAGGACCCUCAGUGUUGGACAAACAACAGGACAGAGCUGAGGGGGUGCAUUCCACAGGCACCAGCUGCUGGAUCCCCCAAUCCCUGUGGAAUCAGGAUGUGGAACAGAACUUUGCUUUCCCAAAUUUGCCUUUUUCUUAUAAAAAUGAAUAGGAACUGA